UCGUGGCGGAGUUGCGAGUGCGUUGGUUGUGCGAUAAAGAACCAAACUGAGCAGUUAAAAGUUGAAUUUUGAAACCGUGUACCGUAUCUCAGUGUGUGUGUGUAAUUGCGCAGCGGCAACAAAUUGAAUUAUAACAGACAAUAAUAACAAUAUAAAAUAAGAAUGCAAAAACAACAAAACGAAACGAAGUGAAAGUGGAAGUGAAAGCCAAAAGCAAUACGCAAAGUGAAGACGGAGACGGAGAGGCAGAUGAAAAGGAGUGAGAAACGAGAGAGGAGUGAGUGCUAAGUGAAUAUAACGAAAACAAGAACGUUGUGCAAAUACAAUACAAAUAUAUAUAUUCGAAAUAUACGCAUAAAGAUACUUAUAUAAGAGGCACAUAAAAGCCCAGCGCAUAGACACAACAAAACGAUAAAACAAAAAGACAACAACAACAGCAGCAACAAUAACAAAAAGCAGCACCAAGUGGUUGACUCUGUGAAGACGACAAGGCGGUAACAUGAUUUGAUUCUUUUGCUAGAGAGCUGCACAGUGGCAAAUGCAAAACAACAAUGAAAUGCAGGCUCAAUGCAGGCAAGUGGCGCAAAAGGAGGCAACUGGGGGCCGCAACUCGAGACGACAGUUGUCAGCGACAGCAACAGCAACAGCCAAAGCAACAACAGCAACAACAACAACAGCAACAGCAACUAGUUGCUGGCAUUUGUGUAGAGGCGAGAAAACAAUUGCUGGUGUUAUUGUCGUUGCUGCUGCUGCUGGUGCUGGCAGUUGAGCAUGCAAAUGCAACUACAGCAGCAGCAGCAACUUCGACGGCGGCAACAGCAACAGCAACAACAUCAUCAUCAUCAUCGACAACAACAGCAACUACAACAAGUAGUAGCAAGCAAGCUCCUGCAAAUGAAACUGGCACUGGAGCAACAUCUGCAGCUGCAGCAACAUCCUCAUCAACGUUGCCCAACUCCGUGACAGGAGCAAGUGCAGCAGCAGCAUCAGCAGCUGCAGUCGCCCUUGGCAAUCCAUUUAAAAACAUUCUGCGAAUUGGCGACGGCAACAUCGUUUCACGGACGGCCAUUGAGCAAUCGCUGGUGACAAUACACGACAUAGCGACGGAAAAUUUGGGCACAUUGUGCAUCUCGACGCUAUAUCGACCGCUCCAAGUGCCCAUCAACUCGGAACGCUUCGAGAGCUCCAGACAAAAGGCAGAUUUGGCAGCAUCGAUACUCCAAGAAGUGGGCAUCAUACGGCAUGGCGGACUCUCCGAUGCGCUGGCCAAGGGCUUGCUCACUGAUGAAUACAUAAAUGGUGCACGCAUUUUAGCUUUGAACCUAACGAACGGCGCGGUGCAGUCGUAUGUUUGGUGGGUGAAGAGCAACAGCGACAGCAACAACAACAAGUUGCAAGCUAGCGAGACGCAACGGUAUGAGGAGGAAUCGCUGCAGAUUGGCAAAAAGCCCGCGCACAGUUAUCCCUGGUUCGACGAUGAGAGCAGCACUCCAACAUUGCGCUCCCCAAAGUUUGCACCAAGCCCACCGAAUAACUACUACAAGGGCUGGUGGACGUAUCCGUACUUCUCAUGUGCCGUGAGUAAGUGGCUGGUAUCGUAUAGCAUUGCCAUACCGCCAAGUGGACGGCAUGGAUUGCGCGGCUUCAUAAGCGUGGACAUUGAUGUGACAUCGCUGCGCGUCAAUCAAUGCGAUGCCAUCCCGUAUCGCUUCAGCAGUCAACAGUUGCUACUGCGACAACGGCAGCCAGCACGUCGAUCCACAAUUGCAUCAGCUGCAGGAGCUGCUACUGCCAACAACAAUAACAAUGAUGUGGAUACCAUAAAUGAUUUGCAAGCGUUUCACAGUUCACACAAAUGCCAUCGUGCCUCCAUGGUGUGCGAUUAUCGACAACCAAGCGCUGAGACGCCGACAAUAAGCAGCGGCAAGAUAUUGGCCGGAAUGUCGUCAAGCAGCUGGUCACGGGGCGCCUAUCAAUGCCUUUGCAAGCGUGGCUUCUACUCACUGCGUCAUCCGGAUGGCUUCAAUGGCACCAUCAUGGAAAUCGCCUGGCAGGAGCAUCAAGACAAUAUAAGCAAUUAUUAUUCGGAAGUAUUCAAGUGUUACCCAUGCGCUCCUGGCUGUGACACCUGCACUGGCCCGGAGCCCUGUCUGGCCAACUAUCACUGGCCCUUCAGAAUAUCCCUGCUGACCAUAUCGAUUGGCUGCGCAUGUGGCACGUUUGUGCUCGCUGGCUAUCUGUUCCGGCAUCGACGCGUCAAAGUCUUCAAGGUGGCCAGUCCCAUAUUUUUGAUGAUCACGCUCAUUGGCUGUGCCAUUAUGUAUCUGGAGAUGGUCGCCAUUUUCCCAUAUUUGGACACCAGCUGGUGUAUUGCCACCAAGUGGACGCGUCACAUGGGCUUCUGCAUCACCUACACUUCGCUGCUGAUGAAAACUUGGCGUGUCUCAUUAACGUAUCGCGUCAAAUCGGCGCAUAAGAUCAAGCUCAAUGACCAACAGCUGUUGCAGUGGAUGGUUCCAAUAUUGCUCGUGAUGCUCAUCUAUCUGGGCACCUGGACUAUAUCUGCCACUCCUUAUGCUGAAGUCAUCUACGAUCAGCACCAUCUGAAGUUCAAACAGUGUUCAUACAACUGGUGGGAUCACAGUCUGGCCAUCGGCGAGGUCUUCUUCCUGGCCUGGGGCAUUCGGGUCUGCUACAACGUGCGCAACGCGGAGAGUCUCUACAACGAGGCGCGCCUGAUCUCGUAUGCCAUCUACAACAUUGCCAUAGUCAACAUUGCCAUGGUGGCGUUUCACGUUAUGCUCUUUCCGCACGCUGGACCGGAUUACAAAUACAUGCUGGGCUUUGUGCGCACCCAACUCUCCACGACGACGACAAUUGCUCUGGUCUUUGGUCCGAAGAUAGCGCGUGUCUUUAAGGGUCAGGGUGAUAAAUGGGAUCAGAAGGCUAAGGUGCGCAGCAUAACUGCGUCCUUCUCCCUCAAUGGUGUGGGUCUGGUGCCUGAAGAAUCGCCCGAUCUGUACCAGGAGAACGAGGAACUCAAGGAACAAAUCCAGAAGCUGGCGCAUCAGAUCGAGUUCAUGAAGACUGUGCACAUGCAGAUGAACAAUCGUCAUCUGAAACCGAAACCAGGUGGCUACUUCACCAUCACAUCCACCUCGUUCCAGGCGCCCUACAGCAAGAGCAGCGUUUCCACGGCGCAAACACAGACCGGCGGCAAGGAUGAUUUCAGCUGCUUGUCUGGGAAUGCGACGCCCUCGAAAUGCAAAUCGCCCAAGGGUAAAGUCUGACGCGGUCAACGAAGUGUUAAAGAUUGCUCAAUAAAUGUUGUUGAUAAGCACGGGCAGAUCGUAGACGAUGCAUUUGAUUUUAGUUUCUACCAGCAAGCAGAAGAGCAACUGCAGCAGCCGGAGCAAGAGAUCGAUGAUCAGGCUGAUUUAUUGCAACAAUUUCGGCGCCUCUUUGCGCCCAUACUCGAUGAUAGUUUGCAGUUGUAUUAUCAGCUGAAUGACCAGCAGCAGGACGAUGACAAUGAUGCACAACACAUACGCAUCAAUCGCACUGUGGCCGAACUCCACGAGUUGACAAGCAGUGAGGAGGACACGCUGCUCACCCAGCUGCAAUCCCCGCAAUCGUCGUUGCCAAUGGAACCUCCAUUGCCGCUGCCUAUCUCGCCGGGUAGCAGCUCCUUGUCGUCCACCUCGAGCAGCUGUUUGUAUGCCAUACACACACCAUCGCCGCCACGCCAAAGAGGAAAUGCUGUGCAGCGCUUGGAGUCGCCGUUGUCGUUGUCCAGUGAACCGCUGACCAUCACGGAGCAGGUGCAGUUGCAUGCUCCUCCCUGUGACAACAACAACGUUGGCCUCGAUCUGGAAGAUGAGCCGAGCAGCAGCCACAAUAAUAACAACACCUCGUGCUCACUGUCAUCCACAUUGACGGACAGCAAAACUCUCGAUGCUCGCACCCCAAUCAUCGUCUAGGAAAACGGACUGCUCUCUGCUUGAAGCAAAUUUGUGAUUUCGUUACGAGAGCUGCAACAACAGUAAAAGAAGCAACAACAUCAGCAACAACAACAGUAAAUCGCUUAAUGUUUAAACUAGUCUUAAAUAAUGUUUGUGUGUAUGUGUCUCCGUCUGUCUGUUUGUCUGAUCUGAUCUGCUCUGAUCCCUGGAAUGCGUUUAUAUUAACUAGCAUCAAAGUUCCCCCAACGAUACGAUAGCAUUUCCAUUUCUUGCCAUAUCACAAUAUGUAAAUGUGCUUUGGUUUUUCAUUUGAAUUUUCUUUUUUUUUUUAGUUUUCUCAGCCAUCGUAUAAACGCAUUCGCUUUCCUUAUUUCGUUCAGCUUCUUCAGCAUUUAUCCCACCUACUCGUAUAUGUUAUCGAUCAUCAAUCGCGAGAAAUUUUAAACAUCAACAUUGAGCAAAUAUUUUUCACUUCGUUCGGAUUGUAAAAGAAGAUUCGGUGGCUUCAUUUGGUCACUCGUGUAGCACGUCAUAUGGCAAGGCUCAUAGAGUCAUGUCCUAGGGUUUAGACAAUUAUAUCUAUUUGAUUUCUCUCAUGCACCUUGCAAUACAUAACAUUACUAUAUAUCUUACAAAAUAUAUCCUAAUUUUGUGUAAGCGCACUCUCACACACCUGCAAUAACUCUGUUGCUUCUCUUGGUUUACUUCAAUAUUUUGUAGAAAAAAUCUCGUAUUAGUUGAGCUCAUCGUAAAGCUACUUAUAUGCAGCAUAAUACAUAAUACUUAAGAUUAGCAAGAAAAUGAGUCGAUUUUAGUGUAAUUGAUAAUGGCGUAAUAAAUAUAUGUAUGAAAAACAAUUUUGAAUUUUAGCAAUUUUUAAAAUAAAAUAUA